AUGGGCAAAGAAACUCUCGAUACUGCUGUCUCUCAUGCUGAGGACUACGAUGUCGAAGCGCCCCACAAGCCGGCUCAAGACACCACCGAUCAAGCUCGUCUCGGCGCCGAAGCAGAACACAAUCUUCCUCCUCUGCAGGCCGUCCGCAAAUACCCAUGGACAGUAGCCUGGUGUCUCGUCGUCUCCAUGUGCGUUGUCAUGGAAGGCUACGAUACCAACUUGCUCUCCAACUUCUACGCCUAUCCUGCUUUCGCGAAAAAAUACGGUCAUUGGAAUGAAGAUACCAACAACUACCAACUUUCUGCUCCGUGGCAGGCUGGUCUUGGUAAUGCUGCAGGCGUGGGUGCGUUCUUUGGAACACUGCUCAAUGGAUACCUUGUGACCAAGUAUGGUCACAUCAAGGUCCUCAUUGCCUCACUCCUUGCACUGAGCUCUUUCAUCUUCAUUGUCUUCUUCGCGCCUGAUACAAAGGUUCUCCUUGUUGGACAAAUCCUUUGUGGUCUGCCCUGGGGUGUCUUUGCCACCACUGCACCUGCCUACGCCUCAGAAGUCCUUCCUAUGUCUCUUCGAGUCUACAUGACCAGUUGGACAAACAUGUGCUUCAUUAUCGGACAGCUCAUCUCGGCUGGAGUCAUGGCCGGUCUCGUCAACAAGCCUGCGCCCUGGGCAUACCGCAUUCCCUUCGCGCUUCAAUGGUUCUGGCCUGUUGUCUUGAUCCCCAUCCUCUGCUUCGCUCCCGACACACCCUGGCAUCUCGUUCGAAUCGGCCGCCACGAUGACGCUCUUGCGAACCUCCGACGUCUCCGACCCAGCGCUACCGAAGAAGAACUCCACGAUACUCUUGGCCUUAUCGUCUACACCAACGAUCUCGAGGAGAAGCUCUCGGUCGGUACUUCAUACAAGGAUUGUUUCCAAGGCUUCGAGCUUCGCCGAACCGAGAUCGCUGUCGUUGUCUUUGCUGGUCAAGUCCUUUCUGGUCUGAACUUUGCAUACAACUCUACAUACUUCUUCCAACAGGUUGGGCUUGACACAAACACAACCUACCAUCUCAACGUCGGAGGAAACGGAAUGGCUCUGUUCGCGACUAUCAUCUCUUGGGUCGCCAUCAUGCCUUACAUCGGUCGACGAACAGCCUACCUGUACGGUAUGUUCACCAUGGCUAUUGUCCUCUUCAUCAUUGGCAUCCUCAACACUCGCACCGAGAACAACACUAUCGCCAUGAGCCAAGCAGUCCUUACCCUCGUCUGGACAUUCGUCUUUCAGCUCUCAGCCGGUCAGUUAGGUUGGGCCCUCCCUGCCGAGAUUGGUUCUACCAGACUUCGACAGAAGACCAUCUGUCUGGCUCGCAACGGUUAUGCCCUCACCAGUGUCGUCGCUGGUGUUCUUCAGCCAUACUUCAUGAACCCUACCAAGUGGAACCUCAAGGGCUACACUGGUUUCAUCUGGGGAAGCACUGCUUUCUUGACUUUUGUUUGGGGAUACUUCCGUCUUCCUGAGACUCGCAACAGGACCUUUGAGGAGCUCGAUAUCAUGUUUGCCAAAGGUGUUUCUGCGCGCAAGUUCAGCUCGUAUAAGGUUGAUUCAUUCAAUGAAGCUCAUGAUGCUGUUCAGCAGACGGAGGCUAAGGCUUAG